CGGCUCUUUGUGGGACCGCGAGCUCGGCGGAGAGUGGGGCGCGCCGUCUGCGAUCCGACGCCUCUGGCCGCGGGGCCGUCUCGCGAAGGCGGACCCGCGAACGCCCCUUACCCACGCUCCGCGCCCGUGCCAUCUUCACUCGGGACGCAGUGACCGUUUCUAAAUCACAAGGGCGUGGGUCAGCCUCCCCUAGGACUUCAUGUCUGUAUAUUUCCCCAUUCACUGCCCUGACUAUCUGAGAUCAGCCAAGAUGACUGAGGUGAUGAUGAACACCCCAUCCAUGGAGGAGAUUGGCCUCAACCCCCGGAAGGACGGCCUUUCCUAUCAGAUAUUCCCUGACCCAUCAGACUUUGACCGCUGCUGCAAGCUGAAGGACCGCCUCCCCUCCAUAGUUGUGGAGCCCACAGAGGGGGAGGUGGAAAGCGGGGAGCUCCGAUGGCCUCCUGAGGAGUUCUUGGUCCAGGAGGAUGAGCAAGACAACUGCGAAGAGACGGUGAAAGAAAAGAAGGAGCAGUAGAGUCCCUGCAGGCUUCCUGAGGUCAUGCCAGCCAGCAUCUGGACCUGAACUGUGUUUUUCCCAUCAUGGUGGAAGAAGAGAGUGAGCCCCGAUCAUUCUGAAAAUGUCAAAUGAGGCUUCCGUUCUGCAUCUGCAAAUCACCCGAGUUGGUUUUCUUUUCCUUUCUUGUCUCUUUUUUGAAUUCAUUGAGCAGUGGAGCCCUCUGACAAUUUGCAGAGCCUUCAGAGAAAGGAAGCUGCUCAGAGCCGGGGUGGGGGUAUAGGAAAGACGCUGCUUCUGAGAUCGGUAUCUGGGAUCCAGCCGCCAGAGGCAGUGGGCAGUCCAGUGGGCUGAGGGGGAUGGGCAGACAAGCAAGGAACAUUGGGGGUGGGAAGACAAACCCCAGGCAAAAGAAAAAAAACUUACGUGUUGUUAAGAAAACAUUGACCAGAGAACUGUAGCCAGGAUGUGUUCAGCAUGCGUUCUCUGGUUGCUGGGACAUCAGAAACCAACGCUUCAUCUCGCGCUCCGUCCCUGUCUCACCCACCAGCAGCUUUUGCUUUGAUUUCAGGUGUGUCGGUCUAAGACAGAGAGGGAGGGACAGGGGAGCAGGGGAAACUGGCUGCUUGCAGAGCUGGCUAGAGAGAUAUUCAGGAAAGGAAAGGAGAGGUCACCCUGUCCUUCCCUCAGACGCUGCCCCCAACUGCAGCAAGCUCAAGGGAACCCCAAAGACCUGAGGUUUUUAAGAAGCAGUGCUUUUAAGCCUUUCUCCUGUUUGCCUGCAGCACUUCAGGGAGUGAGAGGGUAAUUCCUGCCCUUGUUGGUACCCCAAACUGAUGCUUGGGUAUGAAGUUUCCCCUUCUCUGACCCCCCUCCUAGGCUUGUCCUUGGAGUCCCACAGAGCAGAGGGGUGGAGCGGUGGCUUCCCCAUGGCUGCCCUUCCAUCUCCUCCUGCUACCCUCCGGCAGUGGCCACCCCUGCUGCCAGACAGGCGGGUCCCCAGCCGCUAUGGACUGCAGCCCACUUCCCUGGCAGCAGCGCCCACUCUCUUGUUGGGUCUUGGCUUGACUUUCUGGUGGGAGCUGUGGGAAAGCAUGCUUCUUGGUGGGGAGGUGCAUUCUCAUGCAGGUCCCACAGGCUCGCACAGUCCAGGGACUCCCGGGGGUGCCGUGGAGCAGCUACGGGAUCCAGUUUGAGAUGAGAACCUGCUUCUCCCUACCUUGUUCCUGAACACAGGUGGGAGGGAGGUGUGGGGAGGGAGCACUCUGGCCCCCAUCCCACCCCACCUUCCACCUGUUUCCGGCAAGGACAGCAGUUGCCUGAGAAAGUCAGCCUCUGGAUUCAGCUUCCUGUCACAGCUCAAAACCUCUGGAGCAGCAGGUUGCAGGAGAGAGUCUUCUGCCAUCUCUCUUUCAGAGCAGGACCGUGUGGCCAAGAGGUAGAUUUAGAGCCUUCUUUGGGCUACACUCAGCCAAGCAAGGCACCUGCAGUGUUCCCUCAGGUCUCCAGCUAGGGUUGACCCUGGGUUUGGACUUGUGUGUCUUGCGGUGUUUAAUACCUCAAGGUCAUGUGGCUGUGGAUUGCGUUAGGACAGGAGGAUGGGGAUUGUGUGGGGACUUGGUCCUGGGCUCCGGCAGCCACCGCUACCCCUGCUGUUCCCUCUGCCUGUGUACACACACCGAUGGCAAUAACUUCUUCUGGCUCCUCCUCACAGAAGCAGGAGGGCCCGUGGCCUGUGCUGCGCGGGCUUCUCUCUUCCUCCCUCCUUCCUUCUGUUCUGACUGCAGAGGUCGGUGCAUCCGACUCUCCCUCCCUCCCAGUGUUUCUCAUCCCUUGCUUCCCUUUGUGGACGUGGGUCUUGCCUCUUAAAUUCCUGUGCUUUGAUGUCUCCCUCUCACCCACUACCCUGGAUCAUUUGUCGCAGUCUUGACGUGAUGGGAAUGUGCUUGUAAACCAUGUAUCAAGUCGACUUUGUGUAUAUGUAUGUUUAUGGGGGUGGUUUAUUCCUUUUGCUGGUCACUAGACCACUUUGUAUGACUGUCCAUGGUCUGAGCAGGCCAGGGGCUGACAGCUCAAGUCAGGCCUCUCAGCAGUUGAGCCUGUUGAGGGGACCCAGCUGCUCUUGGACAAGUGGCUGAGCUCCUGUCUGGCCUCCUCUUUUUUUUUUUUUUUUUUAAGUAAUUUGUGUGUAUUUCUAACUGAUCAUAUUGGAAAAAAAAAUCCUAGUAUUUCAGUAAAAUGCCUGUUGUGAGAUGAACCUCUGUAACUUCUAUCUGUUCUUUUUUGAGGCUCAGGGAGAAACUAGCAUUUUUUUUUUCCAAACUACUUUUUGUCACUGUGACAGUUGUAAAUAAAGUUUGAAAAUGCUUUCCA